AUGGUUUUCUCAUCCGUCCCAAGUUUUUUAGAUCCACCAAUUAAUUGGACUCAGUCUGCAAAUACGAAUAAUCAUCCUCAUCAUCUUCAGCUACAAGAAAGUGGAAGUCUAGUUAAUGGCCACCAAGUACUCUCUCACCACUUCCCACAAGACCCUAACCCUAACCACCACCAUGUUGACACCGCAGCCGCCUCUACCGUUGAUCCGGCCAGUCUCAAUGGCUCAGCGGCUGAGAGAGCGAGGCUAGCAAAGAACUCUCAGCCGCCUGAGGGAGUCCUAAAGUGCCCACGAUGCGACUCAGCCAACACCAAAUUCUGUUAUUUCAACAACUACAACCUCACGCAGCCACGUCACUUCUGCAAGGCUUGCCGCCGCUACUGGACACGUGGCGGUGCCUUGAGGAACGUCCCGGUGGGUGGUGGCUGCCGGAGAAACAAGAAGGGUAAAACCGGAAAUUCAAAGCCUUCCUCCUCCUCACAGAACAAGCAGUCAACGUCUAUGGCUAACGCUCCAAGCCCUACAACUACUAGUAAUGUCCAGCUACAAACAAAUAGUCAAUUCCCCUUUUUGCCUACUCUACAGAACCUCACUCAACUCGGUGGUAUCGGUUUAAACUUAGCUGCCAUUAAUGAAAAUAAUAGUGGAAACGGUAACAAUAGUUCAGGUUUCUGGAAUGGUUUAGGGUUUUUUCAUGGAGCUAAUACUUCAGGUCCGGUCAUGGCUAACAACAACAACAACAACAACAAUGAGAACAACAUUAUGACUUCUCUUGGAUCAGCGAACCAUUUUGCUUUGUUCGAUCGAACCAUGGGAUUAUAUUCUUUACCUAAUGAGGGCAACAUGGGAUUAUCUUCUUCCUCAGCUUCUAGGGUUUCUCAAACUGCUCCGGUUAAGAUGGAAGAAGCUCAUUUGGGUAAUAUAAGCCGUUCGGUUUCGGGUUUGAGAUCUCCAGGGAAUCAAUCCAAUCAAUAUUGGACUGGUUUGGGUUUUGCCGGUUCUUCUUCUAACGAUCAUCAUCAGCACCUAAUGUGA